AUGGGCUCGACUGCUCGCACCGUUCUCGCUUUCCAACAUGAUGCCAAACUCUAUACCUUUCAGACCAUCGUGACAGCCAUCCACCCAUUCUCUGCAUUGGAGGCCUCAAACCAGCAGCUAUUCAAACAGGGCACUGAUGCCGAUCACGUUAUCGUCACCGAGCAAACCAUCUUCCAUCCGCAAGGAGGCGGACAGCCCUCGGAUGAGGGCCAUAUAACAGGCCCUUUGGGUGCGAUUUUCACGGUCGCAGCAGUCCGCAUGGAUGCCGUGCGGAAUGGUCAAGUUCUGCACUUUGGUCACUUCAACGACACAUCUGCCGUCUUCACCGAAGGGGCCACGGUCGAGCAAACCAUCAACGCUGACAAACGAGUGUUUUAUUCGCGAUUGCACACCGCGGGCCAUGUUCUUGGGGCCGCCGUCAAGCACCUUCUAGCAAAGGAAGUUGAAGGGCUCAAGGAGCUCAAAGCAUCCCAUUUUCCCGAGUCGGCAGCAUGCGAGUUCCAGGGACUGAUCGAUGGGAAAUGGAAGGAGCCUGUCCAGCGCAAGGUUGACGAAUUGAUUGCUGCCAAGUUGCCCGUCCAGGUGGAGUGGUGGGACGAGGAAGAGUUUCGCAGGCGAGGGAUGGAACGACUGAUCCCCGAUCAGAGUCUUGUCGCGCCAGGAGAGAAAUUCCGCGUGGUCAACAUCGUGGGAGCGGAUGUGUAUCCCUGUGGAGGAACACAUGUUGAUACGACUGAUCAAUGUGGGACAACGACCGUCAGGAAGAUUACGCGAAAGACGGGCAAUUCCAAGGUCAGCUAUACAGUGAACGAAUAG